UCACAACUAAGUUACAACACAAAUAUUAAUGAGAACAACAUACAAAUAAUUUUGUAACUUUUUUAAAUUUUCAAACAAAACUCAAUAUAUUAACCCAAAAUGGAUCACCGAGAGGACAGCAGGCCAGAGUGGGGUAAAUCAGUCAGUAAAGUCUGCCUGUUGCCCCAACGUGUGGUGCUGGUGUUAAUGGGUUUCUUUAGCCUUAUUUGCGCCUUCACCUGUCGCGUUUCCCUGUCCCAUGCCAUCACUAUAUUGGCGAUAUCUAACAAGAUAUCGAACAAGACCAUUGCGAAUCUGACCGAUGAGGCGCCCGAUGGCGUUUGCCAACAGGAAGUGGAGAGCAAGGAUGCUGUGGAGCACAAUGGCAUCUACACUUGGAGCGAGACCGAGAAGGGCUUUAUCCUGGGCAGCUUCUACUUUGGCUACCUCAUCUCCCAUCUGCCGGGCGGCGUAUUAGCCGACAAGUACGGCGCUAAAUGGGUGGUGGCCUUCUGUGUGGGAGUGACGGCGAUCUGUGAACUCCUCAGCCCCACCUCCAUUAGAUUGGGGCCAUACUACUUGGUUACGCUUCGUGUGCUCAUGGGUAUUGCUCAGGGUCCCAUAUUUCCUGGACUAAAUGGUCUUCUCUCCUCGUGGGCCCCCAAAAAGGAGCGAGCCACUCUGGGCACCAUAUGCUUCGGCGGCAGUACAAUGGGCAUCAUAUUGAGCAAUGCCUGCUCUGGCCUUUUGCUACAUUACUAUACUUGGCCCGUCAUGUUCUACGUUUUCGGAUCGCUCUCCGUCAUUUGGUUCUUUGUUUUUGCCAUCAUCUGCACUAGCUCCCCGUUCUCUCAUCCGUUCAUCACGCCCAAAGAGCGUGAGUAUCUGGCCGAUGAGGUGGGCAACGUUAACAAGGACAAACCUGCCAUACCUUGGAAGCCUUUGCUGUUAAGCAUGCCGAUGCUCAGUCUGAUUGUUAGCCAGAUGGGCCACGAUUGGGGCUACUACGUGAUGGUCACCAACCUGCCCCUCUACAUGGCCGAUGUCAUUCGUUUUUCCAUACGCUCCAAUGGCUUUGUCACCGCCCUGCCCUACGUUGCCAUGUGGAUAGCUUCCCUAAUCAGUGGCGUUGUCGCCGAUUGGCUUAUUCGCUCUGGAAAGUUGAGACUGGUCACCGUUCGAAAAUUAUUCACACUCUUAUCCGCCGUCUUGCCGGGCACCUUCAUGGUAGCGGCCUCAUAUGCGGGCUGCGAUAAGGCGCUUGUGGUUGCGCUCUUCACUAUAUCCAUGUGGACCAUGGGCAUGUACUAUGCUGGCCAAAAGUUGUCGGCACUCGACAUAAGUCCCAGCUAUUCCAGCACCAUUACAGCUGUCAUCAACGGUCUUGGAUCCUUUACAGGACUAUUCGCCCCUCCCAUAAUUGGACUCUUAACUCCAGAUAAAAACAACACUCAAUGGCGCAUCGUAUUUUGGGCUUCUGCCGUCAUAUUGACACUCUCGGCCAUUGUCUUCUGGUUAAUCGGCAGCGCAGACAUUCAACCCUAUGAUCCCAUGUACGAGAAAUCCGAGAAGCCCGAAGAAAAUAAGAAUAAAUAAUCAAAUUUCACGG